AUAUAUAGAGGCAGGCAAGGCCGCUGGAAUCAAAUCCCCAAUUUGGCAGACAGACAUGUCUUCCAGAAUCCGAGGUCCUCCAAGCAAUCGUGAAAGCAAAUUGACCUGCUGGGCCGACGAUAAGCCUCAAAUCGUUCCCAAAAAAGAUAAGCCUCAUGGUAGCAAGGUCAGCGAAUCAAAGCGUUCACCUGCUGAGCCUUCAUCUGGUGCCAAGGCGGAAGAACCAAAGAUUGCCACUUCUGCUCAACAGGGUGUUAAGCGUCUUUUUAGUGCCAUCUAUGGUGAAAUCCCCUUUGAGCUUAUAACAACCGAUACCAUGUCUUACGGUGAUCUUUAUGACUUUGAGGACAACGUUGAGGAUAACUCUAGCUCUCCCGGUUGCAAUGAAGAAGAGACGGAGUUUGGGUUUAUCCCAGUUGACCGUUAUGCUGCUCUAAGGCCCAAGCUUCAGAUUGAUACUUCGUAUUGUGUAGCGGGUCCUCCUGGAGUUAAUUAGUAAUCUGGGUUUUGCUUUGGCCUCUUGUUUUGAGGAAAAAAAUUGCUGUAUUGGUGACCUGUGGCAGAUAUUUAGCGUUUGUGAGGAUGGUAUUUUGGGUUUGCUGUGGCUGUGUUUGAGUCUCUGAGUUAUAGUGUUGUAUUUUAUUCAUACUCUGUGACUCUUAUCAGUACAAGAAAAUUCUGGUUAUUUAGAUAUUUUGUAUAAACUAGAAACGGUUAUGCACCUGAUGGGUUUUGGUGGGGUGUGGCUGUGUGGGUGUGGGUGGCUGGAGGUUUGUGGAAAUUCACUUUGUACCGGAACACAUUUGAAAGUGACAAUACCAAGUUACCAACAUCUUCCAUCCA